CCUAUAUAAAUGGCAAAAUUCUGUGAACAGAACAAGCUAAGCUUGGUUAUGGGUUUACUGCAAGAGCAUCACAGGAUGGUUCCUAUGGUGUUUUACUCUGUGCUGGCAAUAAUCAUCAUCAGCAUCCAAGGACAAGCAGAAGCAGUAGGAGAAAACAACGUAACAUAUGAUGGAAGAUCCUUGAUUAUCAACGGCCAACACAGAAUUCUCUUCUCUGGUUCCAUCCAUUAUCCUCGCAGCACUCCUGAGAUGUGGCCAUCUUUGAUAUCCAAAGCCAAAGAGGGCGGCCUAGACGUUAUACAGACUUACGUUUUUUGGAACCUCCAUGAACCCGUCCAAGGACAGUAUGAUUUUAGCGGAAGAAAGGAUAUAAUAAGUUUCAUAAAAGAAAUCCAGGCACAGGGUCUAUAUGUUUCCCUCAGAAUUGGACCCUUUAUCGAAGCUGAAUGGACAUAUGGGGGACUACCAUUUUGGUUGCAUGACGUUCCCGGCAUCGUCUUCCGAUCUAAUAAUCAACCCUUCAAGGAUCACAUGCAGAGGUUUGUGUCCAAAAUAGUGAACAUGAUGAAGUCGGAGAACUUGUAUGCCUCACAAGGAGGACCAAUCAUAAUAUCACAGAUUGAGAACGAGUACCAGACAAUUGAAUCAGCUUUUCAUGGGGAAGGACCAAGAUAUGUUCGUUGGGCUGCAGCCAUGGCUGUGAGUCUUCAAACUGGUGUUCCCUGGAUUAUGUGUAAGCAAAUGGACGCUCCUGACCCAGUGAUAAAUACAUGCAAUGGAAUGCAAUGUGGAGAAACAUUUGCAGGACCCAAUUCACCCAAUAAGCCAUCAAUGUGGACAGAGAACUGGACAAGUUUCUAUCAAGUAUAUGGUGGAGAAACUUACAUGAGAUCAGCUCAAGACAUAGCAUUUCACGUUGCUUUAUUCAUUGCUAAAAAUGGAAGCUACGUAAAUUACUACAUGUAUCACGGAGGAACCAAUUUUGGAAGAACAGCUUCUGCAUUUGUAAUAACAAGUUACUAUGAUCAAGCUCCCCUUGAUGAGUAUGGUUUAAUCAGGCAACCAAAAUGGGGUCAUCUUAAGGAAUUGCAUACCACAAUAAAGUCUUGCUCAAAGACAUUACUUAAUGGAGUACGUGAUAUUUUCCCCUUGGGAGAACUACAACAAGCUUAUGUUUUCAAAGAAAAUUCAGGGGAAUGUGUGGCCUUUCUGGUGAAUAAUGAUUUGACUCAAGAUGUCAGAGUCCUAUUUCAAGAUAUUUCGUUUGAUUUACCCCACAAGUCAAUCAGUAUUCUACCAGACUGCAAGACCAUAACCUUUAAUACAGCAAAGGUAAAUGUACAGUCUCAUAUAAGGUCAGCUAUGAAGCACCAGCAGUUCAAUUCAAUAGAAAGAUGGGAAGAAUACAAAGAAACUGUUGCUACAUUUGACUUGACUUCUUUAAGAGCACAAACCUUGUUAGAUCACAUGAGCACAACAAAAGAUACAUCUGAUUACCUUUGGUACACUUUCAGGUUUCAAAAUAAUUUUUCAAACGCUCAAUCUGUAAUAAAAACCAUUUCACACGGACACGUUCUGCACGCGUAUGUCAACGGAGUAUAUGCUGGGUCUGCUCAUGGAAACCACAAGAUCCCAAGUUUCAAAAUGGAGAGUUCAAUUUAUUUGAGAAAUGGGACAAAUGAUGUUGCCUUUCUUAGUGUAACAGUUGGGUUACCGGAUUCAGGAGCAUACCUUGAGCGUAAGGUCGCUGGAUUACGUACUGUAAAGGUUCAAGGCAAGGAUUUCACUAACUAUGAAUGGGGAUAUCAGGUUGGCUUAUUAGGAGAAAAGCUACAAAUUUACACAGAUAAUGGAACGAAUAGCGUCCAAUGGAAUCAAUUUGGAAGCUCUACUCAUCAACCUCUCACAUGGUAUAAGACUCUCUUUGAUGCACCAGCAGGGAAUGACCCAGUUGCACUGAACCUUGGCUCAAUGGGAAAGGGUGAAAUUUGGGUUAAUGACCAAAGCAUCGGCCGAUAUUGGGUUUCAUUUCAGACACCAAAGGGGAGGACUUCCCAGACAAGGUACCAUAUACCUCGAUCUUUCCUGAGACCAACAGGCAACCUAUUAGUUCUACUUGAAGAGGAGGGAGGAUAUCCUCCUAGCAUUACUCUUGACAUCAUUUCAGUCAGGACCAUGAGUAGAAACGUGUCCGAAUCACAUCCAUCUUCAGUUUAGGCCAAAUGCACAUGACAGAAAAGAGAUCUAAGGCAUUCAACAAACUUUAAAUUUCUAUUUUCUUUUUUGAAGUUAAAUGUAGAUGGACACUGAAUAGUUUAUGGAUGUCAUCAAUAAUUUAGAUAGCUGAAGUCCUAAUCUCAGCUCUUCAUUUAUUUUCUUCUCCUUGUAUGUCUUUUCUUUUUCAUUUUUUUAUAAUUUUUAACUUACCAGGAAAGAAAAAGGAAAAAAACUAAUUAAAAGAAACAAAGG